AAUAUUAGAAAAUGGCGUGUAGUCACGUGACCUAUGGAGUGAAGUGUAGAAGCUUUGAAAUGCCCCAUGUCUAAACGCCCGAUCGAUGAUCCAUUAAAUGUUCUUCCUCAAAAAAAGCAUAUUAUUUCAAAUAUGAAUAUACACGUUAAAGUUUUAAGUGGUGAAAAGGCUGGAAAAUCCUAUACAAUUAAGGUAGGAGAAGGAUGUUCCAUUGUUGACUUAAAGAAUGAAGUUGCCGUUGAACUAAAGAUAGGUGUCGGAGACAUGAGGCUUGUUUUUAAUGGAAAACCCCUGCUAGAUACCAAAACAACAGCUGACUAUAACAUAACCGAUGGAGCUCGAUUGCACGCUACCAUUAAAGCUGCAGAUAAAUUUUCUCAAGAACAAAACUCCUCGACCUCUAGUACCAUAGAUGAAAAACCUCAAGUUCUAAAUUUUAGCGAGUCUUUCAUGAAAAUUCUUAAGAAACACUUUUUAGAACAAGACGCCCAAGAAGUCUAUCGUUUGUUUCAAAGAAAUAUUCACGUUACCGUAAAUGCAAUGAGUUUGGACGAUAUUGAGUAUAUGGCAAAAUCCAAAUUGAACAUAGAAACCAAGUCUGAGUGA